AUGACUACAGCCAAGGAGCAAAACGCCUCAGGGAAACAAGCCCAACAACAAGAUCAGGAGCUGGUGGGGAGUAAUCCUCCUCAAAGAAACUGGAAAGGAAUUGCAAUUGCCUUACUUGUUAUUCUCGUUAUCUGUUCCCUGAUUGUCACCUCCGUUAUACUCCUGACACCAGUUGAAGAUAACAGCUUGUCUCAGAAGAAGAAGAUCACAGUGGAAGAUCUCUUCAGUGAUGAUUUCAAAAUUCACGACCCAGAGGCUAAAUGGAUAACUGAUCAUGAAUUCAUUUAUAGAAACCAGAAUGGCACAGUGAUUCUGAGGAAUGUCGAAACUAACAAUUCCACAAUAUUAAUAGAAAACAAAAAAAUUGUCUCCUUAAAGGCCAUUCGAUACGAAGUGUCACCUGACCGGGAAUACGCACUUUUUGCUUUUAAUGUUGAGCCAGUGUACCACCAUUCAUAUACGGCAUAUUAUGUCCUCAGCAAAAUACCUCAUGGAGAUCCCCAGAAUUUGUAUCCCCCUGAGGUCAGCAAUGCAAAGCUUCAAUAUGCUGGUUGGGGUCCAAAAGGGCAACAGUUGAUAUUUAUCUUUGAGAAUAACAUCUAUUACUGUGCCCACGUGGGGAAACAAGCCAUCCGAGUGGUCUCCACAGGAAAGGAAGGUGUUAUUUUCAAUGGGCUCAGCGACUGGCUAUAUGAAGAGGAGAUCUUGAAGACUCAUAUUGCUCAUUGGUGGUCUCCUGAUGGCACCAGGUUAGCAUAUGCAACAAUUAAUGCUUCCAGAGUCCCCACCAUGGAGAUCCCAGUAUAUACUGGUAUAUACCCUACUGUUAAAACGUACCAUUACCCAAAGGUUGGCAUGGAAAAUCCAACUAUUUCUUUGCAUGUUAUUGGUCUGAAUGGACCCACCCAUGACCUGGAAAUGACUCCUCCUGAUGAUCAGAGGAUGAGGGACUACUACAUCACCAUGGUGAAAUGGGCAACCAGUACCAAGGUGGCAGUGAACUGGCUGAACAGGGCCCAGAACGUGUCUAUCCUGACACUGUGUGAUGCCACCACAGGAGUCUGCACAAAGAAACAUGAAGAUGAAAGUGAAGGAUGGCUGCACAGGCAGAAUGAAGAGCCAAUUUUUUCCAAGGAUGGCCGGAAGUUUUUCUUUGUCCGAGCCAUUCCCCAGGGAGGACGCGGGAAGUUCUACCACAUCGCUAUGUCAUCGUCACAGCCCAACAGCAGCAGUGACAACUUAAAGUCUAUUACAUCUGGUGAUUGGGAUGUGACAAAGAUAUUGGCAUAUGAUGAGAAAAGGCAUAAAAUUUAUUUCCACAGCACAGAAGAUUUACCAAGGAGGCGACAUUUAUACAGUGCAAACACGAACGGGAACUACAACAGGCAGUGUCUGUCCUGUGAUCUGAUUGAGAACUGUACUUACUUCAGUGCAUCCUUCAGUCACAACCUGGAAUACUUCCUACUCACAUGUGAAGGUCCCCGGGUCCCGAUGGUGACUGUUCACAACACAACCAAUGCACAGAAAAUUUUUGAGCUGGAGGUAAAUGAAAAUGUGCAGCUGACUGUAAAUGACAGGCAAAUGCCUAAUGUAGAAUACAGGGACAUCAAGAUAGAUGAUUACAGAUUGCCAAUGCAGAUCUUGAAGCCAGCAACCUUUUCAGAAACUGCACACUACCCCUUGCUUUUGAUUGUGGAUGGGACACCUGGCAGCCAGAUUGUCACAGAGAGAUUCGAGGUGACGUGGGAGAGCGUCAUGGUCAGCUCCCACAACGCCAUCGUGCUGAAGUUCGACGGCCGCGGGAGCGGCUUCCAGGGCACUAAACUCCUUCACGAGGUGAAGAGGAGACUGGGCCUUUUGGAAGAGAAGGAUCAGUUGGAAGCUGUCCGGACAAUGCUGAAGGAGCAUUACAUUGAUAAAAUGCGAGUUGGUGUGUUUGGGAAGGAUUAUGGUGGCUACCUGAGCACUUACAUGCUUCCAGCUGGUGAAGAGAACCAGGUGUUUGCCUGUGGAGCUGCCCUUUCCCCACUGACAGACUUCAAACUAUAUGCUUCAGCCUUCUCUGAAAGAUAUUUGGGCUUGCACGGGAUUGAUAACAGAGCAUACGAGAUCACCAAAUUAGCAAACAGAGUCUCAUUACUGAAGGAACAGACAUUUUUAAUCAUUCAUGCUACUGCUGAUGAAAAAAUCCAUUUUCAGCAUACUGCAGACCUUAUUACACACCUAAUUAGGGCAAAGGCUAAUUACAGCUUGCAGAUUUACCCUGACGAAAGCCAUUACUUUAGCAAUGCAGCACUGGAGCAGCAUUUGUACAACUCCAUCGUCAACUUCUUUGUGGCGUGUUUCCAAGUUCAGGACAAACUCCCAAUAGCCCCACUGAAAGAGGAGGAGGACGACGAUUAACCCUAUUUGUCAGUGCUAAGCACAAGGCAGAUCUCUCUAACAAUAUGCAACUGGAUCAUUUUCCUGAAGAAAGAGAUGUUACGUUGUUAGCAUGUGUUUAAA